CAAAAAAAUGAGCAAAAGUAAAAGUUAAUCAAGAAAUAAAGAAAAAUAUAAUGAUAAAGAAGAAUAAAACAGUACAAAAUUAUUUUUAGGAAAUUUAUCAAAAGAUGCAACAGAAAGAGAUGUAGAAAAUCUAUUUAUAAAAUUCGGCAAAAUACGAGAAAUAAAAAUCAAAUCAAAAGGGGCAAAUAAUUAUGGUUUUAUAGAAUUUGAAGAUCAUAGAGAUGCCAAAGAUGCUUUAGAUGAGUAAAAAAUAAUAUAAAAAAUAAUAGAAUUUUUAAUUAAAAAAUUAAAAUAAAAGAUACAAUAAUUAUGAAUUUAAAGGAAAAUAAUUAAGAAUAGAAUUUGGUAAUGGAGGUAGAAAAAAAAGAUUGUAAAAUUGCCAUUAUUGUGGAAGAAUUAAUCAUCAUAUGAAAGAUUGUAGAAAAAAUACGGAGAUAGUAAAUUAUAAAAAUAAAUUUAUACUUAAAAAUAAAUUUUAAAUAGAUAGAUAUAAAUGUUAUAAAUGUGGUUCAACAAGUCAUAAAUAGAAAGAUUGUAGAGAAAGAAGCAGAACAAGAUCAGCAAGUAGCAGAAGAAGAAGAAGAAGACCAUCUCGUUCAAACUCUAGAAGAAAAUAUUCACGUUCUAGCUCUGAGUCAAGAAUUAGGAAAACUUCAAGAUCUUCUGAUAGAUAUAAACGAAGAGAUAAUAGUAGAAAAAGAGAUAAUAGUAAAAGAAGAGAUACUAGUAGAAGAAGAGAUGAUAGUAGAAAAAGAGAUAAUAGCCGUAGAAGGGAAAAUAGUAGAAAAAGAGAUUAUAGUAGAAAACGUGAUGAUAGUAGAAAAAGAGAAAAUAGUAAAAAAAGGGAUGAAAGUAAAAGAAAAGAUGAAAGUAAAAAAACCGAAAAUACUAGAAGAAGAAGUUACGAAAAAAGGAGAAAUAAUAGUGUAGAAAAUAGAAGCAAAUCAAAAAAGAGAAGAAGUAAUAGUUGUGAAGAUAGAAAUAAUAAUAAGAAAAAUUUUAAUACUAUUAAUAAAAGAUCUAAUUCACCAAAAAAUAAUAAAAAUUCAUCAAGAGGAAAUUCAGUAUCUAAUUGAAAAAUAAAGAUACAAAUAAAUAAUAAUAAUAUAUAUAUAUUAAUAUUUUUUUUUUUUUUUCAUAUAUAUUAUUUAUUUUUUAAAAAUAAAUAAAAAAUAAAACAUUU